UUUCAAGUUCGCGACCUUUCAAGAUAUUUUUUCUUUCCUCACACCUCUCAAACUUGGUCGAUCUUCAUUCACACAUCACGACCACACGACAAACUAAUCAACAUGCCUCCCAAGUCUGGAAAGAAGGCCGCCCCGGCCCCAUUCGCCUCCAAGGCGGGUUCCAAGAAGGCCCCUAAGAACCCCCUCAUCGAGAAGCGACCCCGCAACUUCGGUGUCGGCCAAGAUAUCCAGCCCAAGCGAAACCUUUCUCGCAUGGUGAAGUGGCCCGAGUAUGUCCGCCUUCAACGCCAGCGCAAGAUCAUCAACAUGCGCUUGAAGGUCCCGCCUGCUAUUUCUCAGUUCCAGCAUGUCCUUGACCGCAACACUGCUGCCCAGGCGUUCAAGCUCCUCAACAAGUACCGACCCGAGUCCAAGGCUGAGAAGAAGGAGCGAUUAGUGAAGGAGGCUACCGCCAUCAAGGAGGGUAAGAAGAAGGAGGACGUCAGCAAGAAGCCUUACGCUGUCAAGUUUGGUCUGAACCACGUCGUCGGCCUUAUCGAGAACAAGAAGGCUUCUCUCGUCCUGAUCCCCAACGAUGUUGAUCCCAUUGAGUUGGUCAUCUUCCUACCCGCUCUCUGCCGAAAGAUGGGUGUCCCCUACGCCAUCAUCAAGGGCAAGGCCCGUCUCGGAACUGUUGUCCACAAGAAGACUGCUGCUGUUCUCGCCCUUACUGAGGUUCGAUCCGAGGACAAGAGUGAGCUCUCCAAGCUCGUCAGCGCCGUCAAGGAUGGCUACCUAGCCAACUCUGAGAACGCUCGACGACAAUGGGGUGGUGGCAUCAUGGGCGCUAAGGCCAACAAGCGCAUCGAGAAGAAGAAGAAGGCUCUCGAGCAGGCUAUCAAGGUCUAAAGCUUGGAUGUAAGCAUCGGAGUCGGUCACGGGUCAUGAUUUCUAGCUAUGCACGGUUCAGGCGUUGGAGGUGGUAAAACGGAAUACCAAACACGUGGAUUUGCAUGAUGAAAGCCUACUCCGUCUCCAGAAUUUGACCGAAGAACAAAUGUGACAAUGAUUAACAAACAAUGGUCCAGAACUUCAGCCUAGUGACGUCUGUUCUUUGCACCGUAUGCCAAUACCAAUUA